CCGGAUAAUGAAAUCUCAUCUGACUGCAACCACCUGCUGUGGAACUACAAAUUGAACCUGACUACAGAUCCAAAAUUUGAAUCGGUGGCUAGAGAAGUUUGCAAAUCUACUAUAUCGGAGAUCAAAGAGUGCGCUGAUGAACCAGUCGGAAAAGGUUAUUUGGUAUCCUGCUUGGUGGACCACAGAGGAAACAUCACUGAAUAUCAGUGUCACCAGUACAUCACCAAAAUGACGGCCAUAAUUUUCAGCGAUUACCGCCUAAUCUGUGGAUUUAUGGAUCACUGCAGGACUGAUAUUAACCUCCUGAAGUGUGGCAGUGUUCGACCGGGAGAAAAGGAUGCCCAUUCUCAAGGGGAAGUGGUGGCCUGCCUGGAGAAAGGGCUGGUAAAAUUGGCAGAGGACAGUGAGCAUCGCAUCAAAGUCUCAGAGCCCUGCAUGAAGGCAAUUCUCCGAGUGGCGGAGCUGUCCUCAGAUGACUUCCAUCUGGAUCGGCAUCUCUAUUUUGCCUGCCGAGACGAUCGGGAACACUUUUGUGAAACGACUCAAGCAGGCGAAGGCCGGAUAUACAAGUGUCUAUUUAACCACAAGUUUGAAGAUGCUAUGAGUGAAAAGUGUCGGGAUGCAUUGACAACUCGGCAGAAGUUGAUUGCCCAGGAUUACAAAGUCAGCUACUCCUUGGCCAAAUCCUGCAAGAGUGAUCUGAAGAAGUACCGUUGCAAUGUUGAGAAUCUUCCUCGUACUCGGGAAGCCCGUCUCUCUUACCUGCUCAUGUGUCUCGAAUCGGCUGUGCACAGAGGUCGGCAGGUAAGCAGCGAGUGCCAGGGAGAAAUGCUGGACUACAGGCGGAUGCUGAUGGAGGACUUCUCCCUGAGCCCAGAAAUCAUCCUGGGUUGCCGCACGGAGAUCGAGCACCAUUGCUCGGGGCUGCAUCGAAAGGGCCGCACCCUGCACUGCCUGAUGAAAGUGGUUCGGGGAGAGAAGGGCAACCUGGGAGACAGCUGCCAGCACUCACUUCAGACUCUGAUCCAGGAGGUGGACCCUGUGGCUGAUUAUCGCAUCGAUCGAGCUUUGAAUGAAGCCUGCGAGUCAGUGAUACAAACGGCCUGCAAGCACAUCCGUUCCGGAGAUCCCAUGAUUCUUUCUUGCCUCAUGGAGCACCUGUACACAGAGAAGAUGGUGGAGGACUGUGAACACCGGCUCUUAGAGCUUCAGUACUUUAUUUCACGGGAUUGGAAGUUGGACUCUGUCCUCUACCGUAAGUGCCAAGGAGAUGCAUCUCGACUGUGUCACACACACGGUUGGAAUGAAACAAGUGACACGAUUCCUCCUGGAGCAAUCUUCUCCUGCCUGUACAGACAUGCUUAUCGCACAGAAGAGCAGGGAAGAAGGCUAUCCCGAGAAUGCAGAGCGGAAGUACAGCGAAUUCUGCAUCAGCGUGCGUUGGAUGUGAAACUAGAUCCAGCCCUCCAGGACAAGUGCAUGAUAGAUUUGGGGAAGUGGUGCAGUGAGAAAACCGAAACUGGACAGGAACUUGAAUGUCUACAAGACCAUCUGGAUGAUCUGGUAACUGACUGCAGAGAGGUGGUCGGAAACCUUACAGAGCUGGAAUCUGAGGAUAUCCAGAUAGAAGCCUUGCUGAUGCGAGCAUGUGAACCCAUCAUCCAGACCUUCUGCCAUGAAAUGGCAGACAACCAAAUUGACUCCGGAGACCUCAUGGAGUGUCUCGUUCAGAAUAAGCAUCAGAAGGAGAUGAAUGAGAAGUGUGCAGUUGGAGUUACGCAUUUCCAGCUAAUACAAAUGAAGGAUUUCAGGUUCUCCUACAAAUUCAAAAUGGCCUGCAAGGAAGAUGUACUGAAGUUGUGUCCCAACAUCAAGAAAAAGGUGGACGUGGUGAUCUGCCUGAGUACCACAGUGCGCAACGAUACCCUGCAGGAUGCCAAGGAGCACCGGGUCUCUGUGAAAUGCCGCAAGCAGCUACGGGUGGAGGAGUUGGAGAUGACUGAAGAUAUCCGCCUGGAACCAGAUCUUCACGAAGCGUGCAAAACUGACAUUAAGAGCUACUGCCAGAAUGUUCCCUACGGCAAUGCCCAGAUCAUUGAGUGUUUGAAAGAAAACAAGAAACAGCUAAGCAGCCGCUGCCAUCAAAAGGUCUUCAAACUCCAAGAGACGGAGAUGAUGGAUCCAGAGCUGGAUUACACCCUCAUGCGGGUCUGCAAACAGAUGAUCAAGAGGUUCUGCCCAGAAGCAGAUGCCAAGAACAUGCUGCAGUGCUUGAAACAGAACAAAAACAGCGAGGUGAUGGAUCCCAAAUGCAAGCAGAUGAUCACAAAGCGCCAGAUCACCCAGAACACAGAUUACCGCCUAAAUCCAGUGCUCAGGAAGGCCUGCAAAGCAGACAUUCCCAAAUUCUGCCAGAGCAUUCUGAGUAAAGCCAAGGAGGAGUCAGAGCUGGAAGGGCAGGUCAUAUCCUGCCUGAAACUGAAAUAUGCAGACCAGCGUCUUUCUUCAGACUGCGAAGAUCAGAUUCGAGUGAUCAUUGAGGAAUCUGCUCUGGAUUACCGGUUAGAUCCCCAGUUGCAAAUGCACUGCUCAGAAGAGAUUUUUGCCCUGUGUGCAGAGGAGGCUGCAGCCCAGGAACAGACAGGGCAAGUGGAAGAGUGCCUGAAAGUGAAUUUGCUCAAAAUUAAAGCAGAGAUGUGCAAAAAGGAGGUGCUGAACAUGUUGAAGGAAAGUAAGGCUGACAUUUUUGUGGAUCCCGUCCUUCACACAGCCUGUGCGCUGGACAUCAAGCACCACUGUGCUGCCAUCACUCCAGGAAGAGGCCGACAGAUGUCCUGCCUCAUGGAGGCCCUGGAGGACAAGCGGGUCCGGUUACAGCCAGAGUGCAAAAAACGCCUUAAUGACCGCAUUGAGAUGUGGAGCUUUGCUGCCAAGGUGGCCCCCGCAGAAGGCUUUUCGGACCUCGCCAUGCAAGUGGUGACAUCUCCAUCCAAGAACUACAUCCUGUCUGUGAUCAGCGCGGGCAUCUGCGUCCUGUUCCUGAUUGGUCUGAUGUGCGGGCGUAUCACUAAGCGAGUGACACGAGAACUGAAGGACAGGUAG